GACAGUUUACCAUAGCGUUUCCCAUCCAGUAAUCCAGUACGAUGAAAAAAAUACAAUAUUUAAAUUACUGAUUUAGUCAAACUUCUAUGUCAUAGCUAUUCAAUCUCAACUGCUGAUAUAUUUUCUUGAAAAUUAAUUCAUCAUGAUCCCUUGCAAGAUAACAUGCAUAAAAAGAAUGAAAAAAUGGUACAUACCCAAAAGGGUUGUCUUUACCAUCUUGGCAUUUUUUGGAUUAUUCGUAAGCUAUGUCACCAGAGUCAAUUUAAGCGUUGCAAUGGUGGCGAUGGUCAACGUUACGGAAGAAUUCCCCAGAAAUAUAUCUCAUGCAUCAUCUGAGGAGUGUCCUAAUCCUAACCAAUGGAAAAAUGUGACCGACGUUGAUGACAAGGAAUAUCUGGGCGAGAAAUACAAUUGGAAUCCAAAAAUCCAAGGAUUCAUCUUGAGUUCGUUUUAUUACGGUUACGUUCUCACUCAGAUGCCUGGUGGGAUUCUUUGUGACAAAUUAGGUGCCAAAGCUAUAUUCGGAGGAGGUAUAUGCACGUCAUGUACCUUGUACCUUUUCAUACCACGAGCAGCAAGUUGGGGAGCAAAUUGCGUUAUUGCAAUAAGAAUUUUACAAGGCUUAGCGGAGGGUAUAACUUUUCCUGCCAUCACCUUUGCCAUAAGUAACUGGGCUCCAAAAUCCGAAAGAACGAGAAUUUCUUCGAUUAUUGGAAUGGGAAUGCCUCUCGGAAAUCUAUUCGCUAUGCCUAUAUCAGGAGUCUUGAGCAGUGUUUCGAUUUUUGGAGGAUGGCCUUCCACCUUUUAUUUGUUCAGUAUAAUGGGAUUCAUUUGGUUUGUGUUCUGGUGCCUGUUCAUGUAUGAGACUCCUGACCUACACCCCUAUCUAUCGAAGGAAGAAUAUGCGUACAUUCAACGACAUAAAGACCCCAAUGCUAAAGCGAAGAACAUUCCUUGGCGAGAUAUUCUUACUUCACUUCCCAUGUGGGCAGUCGUCGUUGCUCAUUUUGGACACAAUUACGCCUUUCUGAUGUUUCUGACAGAUUUACCUACAUAUUUCAGCAGUAUUCUGCAUUUUGACCUGAAACUGAAUGGUACUCUAUCUGCACUGCCUUAUGUAUUGCAAGCAACGAGUGCUUUAUUGGCCUCUUGCAUAGCCGACAGACUGAGGUCUUCUAACAGAUUGAGCGUUACCGCAAUUCGGAAACUCUGUAAUUCCAUUGGUUUGUUUGGGCCAGCAGUAUGCCUCUUAGCCAUAAUAAUGUCCGGUUGCCGUGCCAUACAAAUCGUCUGUCUCUUUUGUCUAGCAUUAUGUCUGAAUGGAUUCGCAUAUUCUGGUUAUAGAGCUACACAUGUUGAUAUGAGUCCUGAUUAUUCAGGUAUAACUUUUGGAAUAACUAACACGAUAUCCAAUAUGUCGGGAAUUCUUAGUCCAAUGAUCGUUGGAUACAUUACAUAUACUGGAGAAACUGUGGCUAAUUGGAGUAUUGUCUUUUACAUAACAUGUGCAGUAUACAUCGCUUGUGGCCUGUUUUAUGCCAUAUUUGCUUCAGCUGAAGUGCAGCCAUGGGGUAAAGUGCAAAAAGAUUCAAAAGUUGAUGCCAUACCUGAUAGAAUUUUCUUCGUUGAAGAUGCGAUGGCCCAAGCCGAUUACUGCUUUGAUACAUGCACAAGUCACACAUCUACUUCCAUCAUACACAACACAAUCGCUAAAUUACGUAGUAUCAUACACAAUUUCACACCACACACCAACCACUCCGACGGCACACACAAUUUCACACCACACACCAACCACUCCGACGGCACACACAAUUUCACUCCACUCAUUACCCACUCCGACGGCACACACAAUUUCACUCCACUCAUUACCCACGCCGACGACCGGCACCUUUCACUCCACUCAUUACCCACGCCGACGACCGGCACCUUUCACUCCACUCAUUACCCACGCCGACGACCGGCACCUUUCACUCCACUCAUUACCCACGCCGACGACCGGCACCUUUCACUCCACUCAUUACCCACGCCGACGACCGGCACCUUUCACUCCACUCAUUACCCACGCCGACGACCGGCACCUUUCACUCCACUCAUUACCCACGCCGACGACCGGCACCUUUCACUCCACUCAUUACCCACGCCGACGACCGGCACCUUUCACUCCACUCAUUACCCACGCCGACGACCGGCACCUUUCACUCCACUCAUUACCCACGCCGACGACCGGCACCUUUCACUUCCACUCAUUACCCACGCCGACGACCGGCACCUUUCACUUCCACUCAUUACCCACGCCGACGACCGGCACCUUUCACUCCACUCAUUACCCACACCGACGACCGGCACCUUUCACUCCACUCAUUACCCACACCGACGACCGGCACCUUUCACUCCACUCAUUACCCACACCGACGACCGGCACCUUUCACUCCACUCAUUACCCACACCGACGACCGGCACCUUUCACUCCACUCAUUACCCACACCGACGACCGGCACCUUUCACUCCACUCAUUACCCACACCGACGACAGAUUCAUUUCAUUCUAUGCUUUACCCUUCUCGCAGCAGCAUGUCAUGACCCGCAGCUCACUCGCUUCCACACAUCAGCCGCUACCAAGACCCGCAGCUCACUCGCUUCCACACAUCAGCCGCUACCAAGACCCGCACCUCACUCGCUUCCACACAUCAGCCGCUACCAUGACCCGCACCUUACUCGCUUCCACACAUCAGCCGCUACCAUGA